UAAUGACGUAGUGCGCAGCUGCGGUGUUUGGCUGUGGUCGGAGCGUAGGAAGCUAGGAAGGGAUCAGCGAAACCUCUAGCGUCACAGAUAAACACCCUGCAGAGGUGCGAAACCCGGCGAGCACAGGGCUGUCACGGUACCGAGAGAACGGUGUAAAGACCCCGCUGAGUCCACCGCACAACGAGGGGCAACAUGUCUGAGACGUACGACUUCCUCUUUAAGUUCCUGGUUAUUGGCAGUGCUGGGACUGGGAAGUCCUGCCUCCUCCACCAGUUCAUUGAGAACAAGUUUAAACAGGACUCCAAUCACACCAUCGGCGUGGAGUUUGGUUCCCGAGUGGUCAACGUUGGAGGAAAAACGGUCAAACUACAGAUCUGGGACACUGCUGGGCAGGAGCGUUUCCGUUCAGUUACACGCAGCUACUACAGAGGAGCAGCUGGAGCUCUGCUUGUCUAUGACAUCACUAGCCGUGAGACAUACAAUGCUCUGACCAACUGGCUGACAGAUGCACGGACGCUGGCAAGCCCCAACAUUGUUAUUAUUCUGUGUGGCAACAAGAAAGACCUGGAUGCAGACAGAGAGGUGACUUUCCUCGAGGCGUCGCGCUUCGCGCAGGAGAACGAGCUGAUGUUUCUAGAGACCAGCGCUCUGACGGGGGAGAAUGUUGAGGAAGGUUUCCUGAAGUGCGCUCGCUCCAUCCUCAACAAGAUUGAUUCAGGUGAAUUAGAUCCAGAGAGGAUGGGCUCAGGUAUCCAGUAUGGAGAUGCUUCAUUGAGGCAGCUGCGGCAGCCGAGAGGCACCAACACACAGAAUAAGCAGCAGUGCAAUUGCUAGGGGUCAGGGGGCCACCGUCAUCCAGCCCACAGGCCAAACAGGCGGGACGUCCCAUACAGCUCCAGGUGCUUUGUGGUGUGUGGGGCCCUUCUCUCUGCAGUCCCACACACCUUGGAUCACCUGGAAGCCUGGUAAUGGAGAUCACAGCUACCCCUGACCCCUGAUCUGUGGUCAUAGCCUCUCCUUACACAAGGGAAUCAGCUUUGCCUCUGUCUGGAUGGGGAAACCCCUAAGCGUGCACAUACUGGGAUACCAAAUUUACCAGACAAGGACAAGUCUAGGGUUGUGUGUACGGGCUGCCCCACUGCUGUUUUAACUCUGCGCUGUUUCUUUUUGGUUUUAUUUGACAUCAUGCUUUCUGUGUUUGCACAUCAUUGUUUGUAGAUUAAUGUUGUUCAACUGUUUUACUCGUAUUGAUUGUUUAACCUACAUAUGAUUAUCAUUAGUUUCGUCAGUGCUUUUAAGUUUCACCAUUCACCAAAGCCCCUAAUGAGUUUGUAUGAUCAUUCAUUUGAGUUAGUUUCCAGAACAUCCUGUCACUAAGAGUGACAAGUGCGAAACAGCCUCUUCUAAGUAACAUUACGUUAACAUGCACUUAUUUUGAUUUGGAAUUUGCGUAUAGAUGUUUUAACCAGAUGUUGUCUUUACAAAGGUUUGUGCAGUUGUUGUUCAGUAAAACAUCUGGCUGCCAGCAAUUAGUGGAUUUAUUAUUAUUCAAUUUAGCCAAGACCCAAAUCUAGAGGCCAGGUCAGUGUGCUUUACAUGGAGUCUGUUGGAAUUCUGCUGCACACAAAAAGUAUAGACAAGCCUGUGGGCCAAGUUAAAAGCACAAAAUACAGUUUUUGGGUUUUUUCUUUCCAACUAUAAAGGUUGUAAAUUUCUAUGAUCGGGUUCAGAAUCUCAUCACAGUGAAACAUGCAAAACAGCAAAUGGUCAUCUAACCGUUUUUAUUUGCUGAUGCUGGGCUUUUUCAUGACCUGCCUUUGAUUCCCGCUACUACACAUGCACAUACUGUAGAAGGGACGUCACAGGAAACCACAGUUGCUUUUGCCUCAGUGCUAUGUUUGGGAACUUUUCAGGCCACCCACCCAGUUCCUCAGAGGCUUGACAUUGUGUAAUCACGCAAGCUUGUAAGAGCACAGAUACAUGUCAGAACUGUGGUUUUAGCCUUCAGUAGCAUGCUCUGCUCUGCUGCAGCGUUUAGUCACUAGGUUUGCAGGCCAGCCCAGAUGUUUUCUCCCUAGAACAGACCCUGCAUUGCCAGAAGCAGGGAAUUUCCACCGAACCAUGGUUUCCUCUUUCCACGUUCUUCUGACUGCAAGGUUUGUGGUGCCGCUGUAGGAGAAUGAGGUCGCGGUCCCUUAAACUUCCUGCCCUGCUGUUGAGUCAAAGGCACUGCUUCUGUCUGAACCACUGACAGCAGGUCAUACCAACCCAGCUAAGGGGAGAUCAACACAAACUUAUUUCUCAUGUUAGCAUAUGUCCUCCCAGAUGAUUGAGCCGGCACACUGACGUGAGAGACAGAGUAGUGCAAACAUGAUAGUAUAAGAAAUGAAGAGACCGAUGGUGAAGAACCGGCAUUGGGUGAUGGUCUCCUUCUGCAAGUGCACUUUUACUUUUGAAAUUAAAACCUUUUGUUUAUAUUCUGUAACUAUAAAAAUGUACAUUUUAUUUUACUUGAACUGUAAUAAAGAUUUUAAUUGUAGAGGUUAUCAUUUCUUACUAAAUAGCAGCAGAGAGUUGACUCGCUCUCUGGUACUGCUGUCACCAGGCAAAACCUGAGGUUUGAUUUGUUUAUUGCUCGCUGCUAUGGUGGUGGUGUGGAUGAAAGGAUGUCGACUUCCUGAGCCGUCAGAGGACAUCAGCAACAACUCUCAUCGUAUAUUCUGAUCUCAUAUUUGCAGAUUUUCAUUCAGUUAUCAGGCCAUUGAAACCGAACCAGAGUCGAUGUAUUUAUUGUACAGUUCAUAAAGAGCACUAAUCAGAAUAGCCAUAUUAUACAUGUUAUUUUCUCACCUCCGGUCUGGAUUCAGUUAUGUGAUUAAUGCAGUGAAGCUCAGUUGUUUAUUGUUAAUGUUCGAUAAUUAAACUAAGCACCACUGUACAUCUCCGGUAAAGUGCUGUAAAUAAGAUUUGUCUAUUGUCAGCUGAGGUGAGUGUUUCUCAUUGACUGUAAUGAUUAUGCAAUUCCCAGUAAACUUUUUUUUCCAGUUCA